AUGGCACAACAAGAAUGCAAGGAUGAGUAUGAAGUUUUGGAAACAUCAAAGGUUGAGAGAAGUAGUUACCCAGCAAAAAGGACUAUAAACUCACAGCUAUUUGAGGUAGAGAUGGUGUUCAUUCAACAGAAGUUCAUGGCUGCAAAAUAUCUUUCCACAAAUGACAAGCUUCAUAAUUCAAAAGAAUUUUGUGUUGCUCCUAGAUCAAAAUGCAGUCACUUGGUAGAUGUGGACCCAUCAAAAUUGGAUAAGUAUGAAAGCAGUACCAUUGGUUGGAAGUCAGAGAAAGGGAUUUUACAAUGCUCUCGUUGGAAACAUUAUGAUGGUCUUUUUACCCACUUCUAUAAUCAUCGUGGUGCUAAAAAACCUCUUAAAUCACUAAACAUUGAAUUAGAAGGGAAACAUGAGAGUGAGACAAACAUCCUCCCAACACGGAUUGUUGUUUUGAAGCCAAAUCCUGAGAAGAUGCAGAAUGCUACUAAAUCUGUUUUAUCAACCAGUUCUUUUCAUGGUUUUUUGAGGCCCAAGUCUAGGGAGCCCAAAGAAAAAGCUAAGGAGAUUACUAGGAAAAUGAGAGAAAGUUUACACGGUGAGCCGAUGGAUUUGCCCUCCAUAUUUAAGGGAUAUGCUGGGGAUGAUAGCUCAUAUAAUGUGUCUGAAAGUGAUUCUAGAAGUGAAUUAGAACUGACAAUAUCGAUUCUCAGAAAGACCUAUCACUGGAGUAACCGACCUAGACCUUCAUCAUGGCUCUCGAAUGUGUCAUCUGUAAGUAAGGAGGCCAAGAAGAGACUCUCAGAGAGGUGGAAAAUGUCCCAAAGGUAUCAGAAUGUUGGAACAGUUGGUAAGGCCAGCUCUCUAGGUCAAAUGCUUUCUAUUAAUGAUACGGAAAUGAGGCCAGAGAGUUUUUAUCCAAUGACUGGUUUGGAUGGAUCUAGUGACAGAUUUGUUAGCAAUGAUGAAAUUGCUGGGUGGGAUAAUCCUUUGGGUAUUAGUAGUAGGGAUGGUUGGAAGGAUAGUAUCAGAAUUUCAUUCAGAUCGAGAUCUUUUGUUGCUUCAUCUGUCAGCUCUGGUGGCCCUAAAACAAACAUGCAAUGUGAAACUCUUGACCAGGACAGUUAUUUGAUUGUUAGAGAAGCCAUGAAUCGGGGUAAAAAUAAGGCAAUCAGGAGAAAUUCUAAUAAGAAAGAAGAUUCUUCAUCCAGAAAAAUAAGAUCCAACAGUAAGAAAUCUCAAUCCUCUCGUCACACCUAUAAUGAUGGUACUGAUUCCUUUGGGGAAGAGCAAUUUAACCUAUCUCAGGUGGAGAUCAACCUUGGAAAGAAAGAUCCUGCAAAACAGAAGUCUUUAGUUUCUCAGAUGCGGACUCAUAACAUCAACGGUAAAAUUUUAAUUAAUGAUGCUGAGGCGGAUGGUGGACAUGCGGAUGUGUAUUCUGAAUCUCUUGAUGAGGAGUUGCCCUCAAAACCAUCAUCUUGUUUGUUAGGAAAUCGUACUUCUUCGACCCCUGGUCCAGAGGAUUCAAAAGCACAGGUUUCAGUUUUGGAAGCCCUAUUUGUGGAAGAUGUAAACGUAAUAUCACCUGGUUCAAAUUGCUUUGAGAGAGUCAAUGCUGAUCUUCACGGGCUUCCAAUGCAGCUUAAGCUACUCAAGAUGGAGUUUGGAGCAAAUGCAAAUGGACUAAUGCUUACACCAAGUGACAAAGAUGUUGGCCAAGGAUUUGUCUCGGUCUCCGAGGACAAUGAAGUAUUUAAUGAUGAGAGUUGGGAAUUUGUCUAUCUAGCUAAAGUGCUAAUCGACUCUGGAUAUGAUGAUGCUGACCCCGACACUUUCAUGUCAACAUGGUACUCUCUCGAUUUCCAUCUGGACCCUUGUUUAUUUGACAACGUCGAGAAGAAGUAUUCCAAUUAG